AUGGGCAAUAGCACAAGUAGCGCCUUGUCCAAGGAAAUCCUGGAAGACCUGAAACUGAGCACCAAGUUCACCGAGCACGAAAUCGGGCAGUGGUACGAGAACUUCCAGAAGCAGUGCCCGACGGGACGCAUCACGCCCGAGGAGUUCGAGCAGAUUUACACCCGCUUCUUCCCGGAUAGCGAUGCCAAGAGCUACGCCCGCCACGUGUUCCGCUCCUUCGAUACCAACGAUGACGGCACCCUGGACUUCAAGGAGUACAUCAUCGCCCUGCACAUGACCUCUACCGGGAAGACCACCAGGAAGUUGGAGUGGGCCUUCUCGCUGUUUGACGUCGACAAGAAUGGAUACAUCAACAAGACAGAAGUGACGGAAAUCUGCCAGGCCAUCUUCAAGCUGAUCCCCAAGGAGGACCAGAGCAAACUACCACAGGACGAGAACACACCAGAGAAGCGAGCCAACAAGCUGUGGUCCUACUUUGAGAAGAAAGACAAUGAGCGACUGGCCGAAGGAGAAUUCAUCAAAGGAGUGACUGAGAAUGAAAAUGCGAUGAGACUCAUCCAUUACGAACCAAUAAAACAGUAA